CUAGCGAUCCGCAUCUGCAGCCAUGGCUGACGCACCUGCCGCCGAGUGUAACAUCAAAGUGCUGUGCCGCUUCCGUCCUCUGAACCAGGCCGAGGUGCAACGGGGGGACCGCUUUCUGCCCACCUUUCAGGGAGACGACACGGUGAUCGUCGGGGGGAAGCCUUACGCCUUUGACCGGGUCUUUCCACCAAACACCACCCAGGAGCAGGUCUACAACACCUGUGCCAAGCAGAUUGUGAAAGAUGUCCUGGCCGGAUACAAUGGCACCAUCUUUGCCUACGGACAGACGUCUUCAGGCAAGACGCACACCAUGGAGGGCAAGCUGCAUGACAUCCAGCAGAUGGGCAUCAUCCCUCGCAUUGCCCAGGACAUCUUCAAUCACAUCUUCACUAUGGAUGAGAACCUGGAGUUCCACAUCAAGGUGUCCUACUUUGAGAUCUACAUGGAGAAAAUCCGAGACCUCCUGGAUGUGACCAAGACCAACCUUUCUGUCCAUGAAGACAAGAACCGAGUGCCAUACGUCAAGGGCUGCACCGAGCGCUUCGUCUCCAGUCCGGAAGAAGUGAUGGACGUGAUUGACGAGGGGAAGUCCAAUCGACAUGUGGCCGUGACAAACAUGAAUGAGCACAGCUCUCGCAGCCACAGCAUCUUCCUCAUCAACAUAAAGCAGGAGCACGUUGAGACGGAGCAGAAGCUGAGUGGCAAGCUGUACCUGGUGGACUUGGCCGGCAGCGAGAAAGUCAGUAAGACGGGGGCUGAGGGGGCCGUUCUGGACGAAGCCAAGAACAUCAAUAAGUCGCUGUCUGCCUUGGGCAAUGUGAUUUCGGCCCUGGCGGAGGGAACGAAAACCCACGUACCCUACCGGGACAGCAAGAUGACUCGAAUUCUUCAGGAUUCUCUAGGAGGGAACUGCCGGACCACCAUGUUUAUCUGCUGCUCACCAUCUGGCUACAAUGAAGCUGAGACCAAGUCCACGCUCAUGUUUGGACAAAGGGCCAAGACCAUCCGUAACACGGCUUCGGUCAACUUGGAGCUGACGGCCGAGCAGUGGAAGAAGAAGUUUGAGAAGGAGAAGGAGAAGAACAAGACCCUCAAGGAGGCCCUCCAGAAGCUGGAAAUGGAGCUAAACCGCUGGCGCAAUGGAGAGAACGUGCCCGAGACCGAGCAGCUGAGCAACGACAACGGCAAGGCGGAGAUUACCGACGACACGCCCGUCAAUGACAACGGCAGCUCAUCCAUCGUGGUGCGCAUCUCCGAAGAGGAGAGGCAGAAGUACGAAGAGGAGAUCCGCAAGCUGUACAAGCAGCUGGACGACAAGGAUGAAGAGAUCAAUCAGCAGAGCCAGCUGGUUGAGAAGCUGAAGGAGCAGAUGCUGGAUCAAGAUGAGCUCCUCGCGUCUACACGUGGGGACAAUGAGAAGGUGCAGACGGAGCUCGGCCGCCUGCAGGCAGAAAACGACUCCGCCAAGGACGAGGUGAAGGAGGUCCUGCAGGCCCUGGAGGAGUUGGCUGUCAACUAUGACCAGAAGUCCCUGGAGGUUGAGGAAAAGAACUUGCAGAACAAGCUGCUGGCCGACGAACUGGCCCAGAGAAUGGCUAACCUGAUCGCCCUGGAGGCCGAGCUUCAUCGCAUGCAGGAGCUGAGCAGCCACCAGAGGAAGAGGAUUGCGGAGGUGCUCAACGCGCUGAUGAAGGACCUUAGCGAAUUCAGCAGCAUUGUGGGAAAUGGAGAGAUCAAGCUGCCGGUGGAGAUCAGCGGGGCCAUUGAAGAAGAGUUCACGGUGGCCCGGCUUUACAUCAGUAAGAUCAAGUCGGAGGUGAAGUCCAUGGUGAAGCGCUGCCGCCAGCUGGAGAACCUUCAGGUGGAGUGUCACCGCAAGAUGGAGGAGACGGGGCGGGAGCUGUCCUCCUGUCAGCUGCUUAUCUCUCAGCACGAGGCAAAGAUCCGCUCCCUCACCGAGUACAUGCAUGUCGUCGAGCUGAAGAAGAGGCAGCUGGAGGACUCGAACGACUCGCUGAGUGAGGAACUGGCCAAGCUACAGGCUCAAGAGACAAUGCAGGAAAUCAGCAGCUCCGAAAAAGAGAAGGCCUCCGAGGACGCCGAGGAUGUUAAGAGGACCUUGGAGCUUCAGAUGGAGAGUCACCGGGAGACACACCACAAGCAGCUGGGCCGCCUCCGCGAUGAGAUCAACGAGAAGCAGAAGGUCAUCGACGAGUUGACAGACCGAAACCAGAAGUUGCAGCUCGAGUUGGAUCAGCUCCACAUCGACUUUGACAAACUGAAGAGCCAGGAGCACGCCAAGAGCAUCCAGCUGGAGGAGCUGACAUUUCUCCACGAGCGCCAUGAGCAGUCCAAGCAGGACCUUAAGGGCCUUGAGGAGACCGUUGCACGGGAACUCCAGACUCUUCACAAUCUUCGCAAGCUUUUUGUUCAAGACCUCACGACUCGAGUUAAAAAAAGUGCAGAACUGGAGCCCGAGGACAGUGGGGGGAGCAGCACACAGAAGCAGAAGAUAUCCUUUCUUGAAAACAACCUGGAGCAGCUUACUAAGGUUCACAAACAGCUGGUACGCGACAAUGCAGAUCUGCGCUGUGAGCUUCCAAAACUGGAGAAACGUCUUCGAACUACAGCUGAGAGAGUUAAGGCCCUGGAGGGUGCACUGAAGGAGGCCAAGGAGGGCGCCAUGAAAGACCGACGGCGCUACCAGCAGGAAGUGGAGCGGAUCAAAGACGUCAUGCGGUCCAAGAACCCGCUGCGGAGGCCUCACGCCGCCCAGAUUGCAAAGCCCAUCCGGCCAGGCCAUUACCCGGCCAGCUCUCCUCCAAGCUCCCUGGCAUUACGAAAUGGCGACAUGGUGGCCUACAGCAAUGCAUUCUUCCAGAAUUAUCAGCACAUGUAUUCACAGAAUUCCUUGAUGCACCAUCCUGACGCGCUGGUAGUGCCCAGUGUUGGCAGCAGCUCCACAGAGUCCUUGGAGGCCUAUCACAAGCUGAACAUCGAGAACGGUAAUGCCCCCGAUAUCAAUGAUAACAGAAGCGAUUUGCCUUGUGGCAUCAAAGCGGAAAAGCCCCUGGUGUAUGUGGCACAUCCGGAGACGGCCGCCAGCUAAUGGGCCUGAGCGCCGAAACACUUUGACGUCAGCAAUCAACCUCACAUCUGCCAUCUUGUAGUGCCUCCCCAAACUGUAGAUGUUGCGGCUCCCAUGCCUUCUCCCGCUGUAUCUCUUGAAGUUCUGUAUCUGCUGCUGCUUCGUUGCGUCACUUCACUGGACUGUCCUACGGGCGAGUGACAAGGCUACUGUGUCGGCGCCUCCACCGGUCACUGAGCAGAACUUUUGCUGGACAGACACGGCACAGGCGGAGACCUUUUAGCUUCUGCCCAGUGGCUUCUCUGCCAGCUCCACCGUGAUGGGACGCUGCGCCACGCCACGGGCUCUCUGCAUUUCGCCAGGAUUACGGAAUCGUGCUUCCUCUCUUUCUUCCAGACUCUUCCUCACUCGGGGGCUCACCGGCGCCCUCUGUCUUCUCUUACGUUAAAGGUAGCUUGCUGCUGGCAGGAGGCCCGCACCAGCAGUCUGUAGAUUUGUGCUGCAUGUUAUGUAACGCUCCGAGCAAAAAUAAAGACAACCUGUCACCAGCGCA